AUGGAGCCUUCUACAAAAGGCUUUGCCAGACACCACAGCCAAGCCGUUCUGGCUCACCGGCCGCUCUCGAAGCGCCCCUCGCACCGCGCCAACCUCGUGCGCCAAAAUUCAUCGAAAAAAUCACAGCUUUACGCCAACAGAGCGCAUUUCGCCUCCAAGUCAGACCUCCGCGCCAUCUUCGACUCCAAAGAGAGUCUCCACGACGUCCCGCCGUACAUGGUGUCCUACACUCUCUCGCCGUCGUGGACCCAGUACGAGCACAACCCGGUGCUCAAGUACGCGGUGGCCAGGACCAGGGUAGCUAAUCGCCAGCUGUUUCUGGACCCUACCGACAUGAGCAUCAAAGAUUACAUGACGCCGCAGUCUGUUGAGUUGCCACAUCAUUUGAACAAGUCGCUGCAGAGCCUCACAAAGCUCGGGAUAGACCCGCAGGUCAAGUCGCUCCCGAAAUCUGGCUACCAGUACAAUACGCCGUACAAGAGACUGAGCACGAUGGCGGAAAUUACCGUAUCUGCGACAAAAUGA